AUGUUCGAAUCCGGUAGCGAAGGGAACGGCUUUCAUAUCAAAAACAAUCCAAACAACCCAUAUCAGCGGUCUGAAGUGAUCCAGCGGACUGGAGACGGAAUCGACAUAAGAUGUGCUCUCACUGAAGUCAUUCACGGAGACAUGUCGGCAGAGAGCGACUAUUGGGCAACAAUUCUGGUCUUCCAGUUUCGCUUUGACCCCCAGCAACGAGCGCGCCGCAUUCUGGAAGCGACAAUUGAACUUCAGUUCAGCGCCUCUAGCGCAGAGAAUACUAUGCCCGAAGUUGAUGCAGUAUCGUUUGACGGUCACUACAGUCUCUUACCCAGCAAACAAUCCGAGACAACCGUCAAGGGCGGAGAUGGGAGCAUCGGGACUGGCUAUGGUGUUGAUCUCCGAGUUGGAGCAAAAUGGGAGAAAACAGUGGUGCGCGAAACAACAGAUGCAACAACCAUAAGCGGCGGCAAGCUCGUGGUCAAUAAUGUGCCCCCAUACCGGGUAGCUAAGUGGACUCUGCUGGAGAAUAAGACACUAAAAACGGGAAUACCGGCUUUCAUACAAGUUGCCGUCAGGGUGAAAAGAUUGGAUGAAGCUGUGUUCCAAUGCCUGCCGACUCUGCGGUGCAAAGCGGACAAAUGGACCACCAUCAAAUCGUUAUUUGGAGGACUACCUGAAGAUGAUCCAGUGCUGCUGAAACCAGGCAUGAAGUUGACGAACACAAACAUAGGCUAUGACACAGGAACAUUGGGCAGCGUUGACUUGCAGAAGCUCAGCAAUGUUACCUUUACUACAGUCUUGGAUAAUGCUCAAUAA